AUGUCAAUACCUUUACAUUCACUCCGAUUCAACAAUAUGCUGAGGGAAGAAAAUGUUGACCGCCGAAACAGGGGGACAGCCUUCUCUGGACCAGUACUAGAGACUCGAGCGGAGGUCCAAAUCCUGCAUUCCCAUGUACAGCCUAUAAUCUCAACAUCAGCGUCAGACCCUGGAGGGAUGUCUGCACAGUUGAUGACCUCCCCAGCCUUUGAUGCCAUGUCUACCCCUCUAAUGGGAGCACCAAACUCUGGAGCACUGUCCUCACCACUGAUGCCAGCCUCAGACUCUGGGGCACUGUCCCCAUUGCUAAUGCCAGCUCCAGAUGCAGAAGCACUGUCCCCUUUGCUAAUGCCAGCCUCAGAUUCUGGAACGUUGUCCCCAUUGCUGUCCACUUCAGACUCUGGAUUAAUGUGCCCAGGGCUGAUGACAAUUCCCGACUUUGGAACAAUGUCCACAGCACUAAUGGCAGCAGCACAUCCUGCAGAGAUCUCACCAUUGGCAAUGCCAGCUUCAUCCUCUGGAGCGAUGUCCGCACCUAUGAUGAGCACUCCAUCCUCUGAAGCGAUGUCCGCACCAUUGAUGCUGGCCCCAGAUCCUGGAGAGGUAUCUUCACUCCAAAUUUCAGACAUAAACUCUGGAGUGAUGUCCACACAGCCAAUGCCAGCUCCAGGCUCUGAAGCCAUGUCACCAUUGCAAAUUACGGAUGAAGACACUGAAGCAAUGUCCAAAGUCCUAAUGACUGCUUUGGCCUCUGGAGAGAUAUCUUCACUGCUAAUGUCAGGCACCGACUCGGAAGCCAUAUCCUCACUGAUAAUGUCAGCCCUAGCUUCAGAAACAACAUCAGUCCAGCCAACAAGCACCCAAGACUCUGGGGAGAUGUCCACUCAGCUAAUGUCAGGCCAAGAUUCCGGAGGAAUAUCUUUACCGCUAAUGUCAGCUCCAGGUUCUGGAGCCAUGUCUACACCACUCCUGUCAGUCCCAGAUGCUGGGGAGGCAUCCACAGUGCCAAAGGCAGCUCCAGACACUGAAACAGUGUCCCCACUGCUAAUUACAGCCCUAACCUCUGGAGUGAUGCCCACCCGGCUGAUGUCAGCCCAAGACUCUGUAGUGAUGCCUCCACAGCUAACACCAAAUCUAGAAUCUCAAAUCAUGUCUACUUCACCAAUGACAGCAGCAGCCUCUGGGGGGAUGUCCACAGCACCAGUGAGAGUCUCAGACUCUGGACCAAUGUCCAUAUCAUGCAUGAGAGCUCUAGCCUCUGGCAAUGUGCCAACAUUGCUAAAGACAGUCCCAGACUCUGCAGCAUUGUCCACCCCACCAAUGAUGGUCACAACCUCUGGAGCCAUGUCCACUGAGCAAAUGUCAACCAUGGCCUCUAGAGUCAUGUCUACACAGUUCACAAUGGCCAGAACUUCUGGAGCAGUGUCUACAGGCUAUAUGAAAGUGACAACCAGUGGGGCAAUGUCCACGCCCCUAAGGAGAGUCCCAGCCUCUGGGGCAGUGUCCACACACCCAAUCACAGCCCAAGCAUCUGAGACGAUGUCCACCCCGCAACUAUCAGCCCCAGCCUCUGGGGCAAUGUCCACACUGCAAAUGAGAGCCCCUGUCUCUGGGACCAUGUCUAUGUCACAGAAGAGAGCCUCAGCCUCAGGAGUGACAGCUGUACCACAAAUGAGAGCCUCAGCCUCUGGAGCCGUGUCCACCCCACGGAUGACAGCCAAAGCUUCCAGAGCAAUGUCUACACUGUUAAUGAGAGACACAGCCUCAGGAGUGAUGUCCCUGCCACAAAUGAGAGCUAUGGCCUCGGGCACGUUGUCCAAACCACUAACGACAUCCAAAGCCUCAGAAGCAAUGUUCAUGCAGCAAAUCACAACCACAGCUUCUGGAGAGGUCUCCACCAUGCUAAUGAGAGACACAGCUUCUGGAGCUCUGUCCAUCCGGCAGAUGACAGACAUCGCCUCUGUGGGGAUGUCCACACCACUAAUGCAAGCCCCAGCCUCUGGAGACAUGUCCAUACCACAGAUGACAGCUGCAGCUUCUGGAACGAUGUCCAUGCCUCUAAUGGGAGCCCCAGGCCCUGGAGGAAUACCCACAGCAUUAAUGAGAGCCACAGCCUCUGGAAAGAUGCCUAGUCAGCCAAUGAGCACCCAAGACUCUGGAAGGAUGUCCAUGUCGUUCAUGAGAUCCAUGACCUCUGGAGGGAUGUCCUCACUGCAGAUGCAAACACCAGUUUCUGACAUGAUGUCUACACCAAAAAUGAGAGUCCCAGCCUCUGGGAUGAUGUCCAUACCACUAAUGAGAGCCCCAGACCCUGGAGAGAUGUCUGCACUGCUCACAAGAGCUUUGUCCUCUGGAGAGAUGUCCCCACCACUAAUGAGACCCCCGGUGUCUGGAGAGAGAUCCACAUCUCAGAGAGUCCCAGCUUAUGGAGCAAUGUCUACUCCACCAAUGAUGGCUCCAGCCCCUGGAAUGAUGCCCAUGCCACAAAUGAGGGCUGCAGUCCCCAGAGCAGUGUCCACACCGCUAAUGAGAUCCACAGCCUCUGAAGUGAUGCCCAUGCCUCAAAUGACAGCCACAGCCUCAGGAGGGGUAGCCCUGCCACUAAUGAGGACCCCAGCCUCUGGAGCAACGUCCAUGCCACAGAUGAUGCCUGCAGCUCCAACCUCUGGAGUAAUGUCCCCACCACGAGUAAGAGCCCCUGUCUCUGGAAUCAUGGCCACACCACUAAGGAGACCUUCAGCCUCUGAAGCUGUGUGUGCAGAGAUAUGGAGAGGUCCAGCCUCUGGAAAUAUGUCCCCUGCACAAAUGAAAGCCAUGGACUCUGGAGAGAUGUCUAAGCCAUUAAUGAGAGCCACAGCCCCUGGAACGAUGUCCAUGCCAUUGAUGUCAGCAGUGGCUUCUGGAGACAUGUCUGUGCCACUAAUGAAAAGCAUGGCCUCUGGGGCAGUGUUCGCACUGCAAACAAGAGUCACAAAUUCUGGAUCCAUGUCCUUGCCACAAACAACACACACAACUUCCGGAAGGAUGCCUGCACCACCAAUGACAGCCUCAGCUUCUGGAAUGAUGUCCAUGCCACUUGUGAGAGCCACAGCCCCUGGGGGGAUGUCCGUGCCACAGAUGAGGAGCCCGGUCCCAGGAGCCAUGUCCACACCACAGAUGGCAGCCGCUGCCUCUGGAAUGAUGUCCAUCCUAGAAAUCAAAGCCACAGACUCUGGAGAAACAUCUGCUUCUCAUGUCACCAUCACAGCGUCUGGAUCAAAGUCCACACCAUGCACAACUGCCCCAACCGCCGAAACAAUGAAGCCACCACCAGAGGAAGUCCCAUCCUUUGGCAUGCUGACCCCAGCACUCUGUUACCUCUUAGAAGAACAGGAAGCAGCCCGGGGUGCCUGCUCGGUGGAGGAGGAGAUGGAGGUCAAUGAGGAGAAGCAAAUGAAGGGCUUUUUGAACGACUCCGAGAAAAUGGCAUUUCUGGUGUCUCUGCAUCUGGGGGCAGCGGAGAGGUGGUCCAUCUUGCAGAUGGAGGUAGGAAACCCCCUCUCCAAUGAAAACAAAUCCUUCCUGAACAGAUCACAGGGGUUAUAUGACUCCCUCUCCGAGAUAGACAUCCUCAGUGCUGUUCUUUGCCACCCCAAGCAGGGCCAGAAGUCCGUCCGGCAGUACGCCACUGACUUCCUGCUGCUGGCCCGACAUUUGUCUUGGUCUGAUGCCAUUCUACGGACCAGGUUUCUGGAAGGACUCUCGGAAGCUGUUACUACCAAAAUGGGCCGGAUCUUCCUGAAGGUGGCCGGCAGCCUAAAGGAGCUGAUAGACAGGUCUCUCUACACUGAGUGCCAGCUGGCUGAAGAGAAGGAUUCCCCGGGCAGCUCCAGCCAGGUUCUGCUGUCAGCCUGUAAACGGAAUAAUGAGGAGGCAAUGGAGAAUGAACUGAACUCUUAUCAGCAGACCGAGGAGCACCAGCAUGUUCCCAAACGCUGUUACUACCUGAAAGAGCAUGGAGACCCUCAAGAGGGUCUGCAUGACCACCUUCGACAGAGCACAGGCCAUAACAAGGCCCCCACCAACAAGUAA